UGAGUACACAGUUGCUUUGGGGUCGGGCCGAGGGAUCGGAGGAGGCACAGGGCAUUGAGAUGCUCCUCCAGGGAGAGGGAGAUCCCAUCCCCCUGCUGCUCUGACUGAUCCAGUGUCUUUGAAUUAGAUACAAAGAGAACGGCAGGUUAAGACAGAUACAACUGACCCAGAGUCUGUGGCGCAAAACACACAGAAGGAAGAGCAGCAGGAAAAAAAGAAGCUGAAAACACAAUCAUCACGGGAUGAACGAGUGACGAAUUUCCGGCCUUGUCUGGAGAGCAAGUCAUGUCAUCUCCAGCUGGGUUGCAGGCUCAGCAGUCCCAAACAAAGUUCCUUGACCAAUGGAUGACGAGCAGCUCCUGUGCCGGGGUUAUCCUGAACCCCUCCCCGGACCUGGCUGAGUCUCUUCGACACAGCUCUGUCUGGAGAUCCCGGAAUGUGAAUGACUCCUUCGCCUCCGAGUUUGUUCCCCUCCCGGUCUCCAGUAGCAGCAGUUGCCUCAGUAUCAGUUCUCUCGUCCAUGAUGCUGAGUCCGGGACAGAAUUGAGCAAACAGAAUCAGCUACCAGUGGAUAGGACGUUGUCUGACAGACAAUUUGCUGGACUGCAGACAGUAGCGUCUCAAGGGUUGACAUUACCUGGAGAGAUGGACAGUAUGGAGAAGUUUGUAGAUCAGUCUCAGGACCUACCCCUAAUGCUCAAACUCGAACGGCUGAGGCAGUGGCAGCAGCACAUGCAGGAGCAGCUGAAAGCCCACCAGCUAGAGGAACUUGUCAGUCUCCAGGAGGAGCAACAAAGGUUACUGGGCAUGGUGCAUGUGGCUCAGCAGGAUGGAGCAGAGAUCUCCAAGUUGACGGGAGCAGACUGGGGAGAGAACACUCUAUUGGGGGGCUACCCCCUCUCUCACAGACCCCCAGCAGCCAAGAGUUUCCCUAUAGGCCCCCCACAAGGGCCUGCGUCUUCCCAGCUCUGGAGACGGGGGCCUACAUUCCGGCAGCCUCCAAGGGGCCAGGAGCAGGAAAAGGACCAAACACUGGGGACAGAAGCAUGGAGCAAUCCACACAAAUGUCAUCAGCUGAAUGGGGAUGCUGAUGAUAGGGGUGGUGAUGAGGAAGUCGCAUUAUCUUCCCAUUCUGCUCCCUCCAUGACUGAAGACUACAAAGCAUACAGAGGAGAUGAAUGUGAACUAGAUUCACAGGAAAGACCCAUUAAACCAGGGAUAGGGGGGCAGAAGCAGACGUUUGAGGCGCUCCUGGAGGAACAGCUGAGACUGGAGGAACAGAGACUGAAGACCACCCAGCAGCAGCAGAGCCCAGAGGCAGCUGAGGGAGCCAGUCCGAGAGCUAAUACCAAGAGAGCCUUCCUGAGGCGAGGGGAGGGCCUCUCCAGAUUCACCAACCGAAGCAAAGCCCCUAUGCCCAACAGAGGGGGACCCCAAAAAGAUCCCCAGGCCAAGGUCAGCACCCGUUGGACCUCAGAGCCCACCCAGAAGGUCAGUCAGCGCCCCCCCGUACAGCGCAAGACUGCUGUGCUCAACAAGGAGAACAGACCAAGAGACCCGUACUCACCUCUUCUGGACAGUGUCAGACCAGAGGGCAAGACAGACAAGCUGGCCGCAGUGAGGCCCAGAGUCCUGGGCAGUCAUCAGAGACAGAACAUUGAGAUGACUAACUGUCUAAGGCCAAGGGAGGUGAUUAGUAACAAGGUGGGCGGGACUUCUCAACCUGUGAGUAGAACUCCUGCAGCUGUAACUAAACAGUUUGGGAUUGAGGAGAGGACUGGAGCACUGCAGAGGAAUGGAAGUGGUCCAUCGAGACCGGAUGGAGCAGCAGAGGGAAAAUCAGGUGUUCCGGAGUAUUCCUUUGAGCUGUCAUUCCAGGAGAAGCUGCAGCAUUGGGACUGUGACCGUCAGAAGGAGAGUGUUGAGCUGGGGGAGUUUGAGCUGCUGGAGCAGGCAGCCGAGGAACUCUCCUUCUCCUCCAACUCAUCCUUUGUCAUGAAGGUGCUGCAGCUGGACCAGCAACAUCCCCUUCAGGGCAGCAGGGGGAGCUGUCCACGACGCCUAUCCUCCACGCCCAUCAAAUCCCCCUCGCUGCCUAAAGGGGUUCACAGCUGGGGCACCAGUAGAAGUGGCCAAGGCACAGGGACCAGCUCAUCUGAAUCACCAGGAGUAUCUGCUGUGAGGGCAAAGAGGGUAAUGAGGGAAAACAGCAAAGCCACUGAUGAGGAGGAAGAAGAUGAAGUGAGCAACGGCAAACAUGAGGAAAUCUCUGAUAUCUUGUUCCGCAGCAGCUCUGAAUUCGGGGAUCGGGAGGAAGUAGCUCGACCGUCAUACCAGACUACAGUUUCCAGCAACCUCUGGGAAAACCCGCUCCCUGCAUCCAACCCUCCAUACGACAAGAGGUCAUAUCAGGACAGAGAGGGAGGCUCAAGCCAGGCAGAGGAGGGCGGGCAGAGUGACCUUGACGACUCCACCCUUUAUGAGGACAGAGAAAAUGGGGACCACGAGGGUCUGUUGGUGUUUGAUGAUGAUGACACCUGGAACGACCUGGAGGAGGCUGGCAGCAUCGUUGAGGACGACAGCAGAACAAGAGGCACUGCAACAGGAAACCGACACACUUCCACAGCAACAGUGAAUGACAUUUCACCCUCAGAGAGGACACUGAAGAGAAAGGUGGCUGUGGCCAAAGGGACGGAGCUAGAGAGGAUGUCUGUUAUCACAGCAGCCAACCAGGAGCCAGCUCCUCCUCCCGCUUCCCAGCUCAUGGCCAGGCUGUUCCCCUCGCUAAAGCCCAAAACCCAGGCCCCUUCUCCACCAGAAACUAGAAAGACUGAGGACGAAUCAGGCCAGCAGCAGUCCAGGCAGCUGAGGGAGAGGCUGGUGGAGCUGGAGCUGGAGAUUGAACGUUUCAGGACAGAGAAUGCUGCCUUGGCCAGACUCAGACAGGAGAACGAAAAGAACCAGGAGAAACUCCGGAAGGAGUGUGCAGAGUUUGAGCAGCGCAAGGCUGAGGAGCUGGCCAAGUUUGAGGAGUUCAAGAGGGAGGAGACCAAGAAGCUGCAGAAGGAACGCAAGGUGUUUGAGAGGCAUGCCUCUGCCGCCAGAGCCAUACCAGACAAGAGGGAGCGUGACGAGAUCCAGGCCAUGAAGAAGCAGCUGAGUUUCCUGCAGGAGGAGUUGAAGCGGAGAGAGAGCCGCUGGUCCACCACACAUAACCGUCUCCGGCAGCAGAUAGACUCCCUGAGCUCAGACAACAGCAACCUGAAAGACGAGGUCCGCACCAUGGAGAAACUACGCCUCAGCACCUGGAGGAAGAUUGGGACAGACAGCGAAAGAGAGAACGACAGGAGGGAGAGGGGGAGGGAGGGACCCAGGCCGUUGGACAGUUACAUUGCCCUUGAAGCCAGGUGCCUCAAAUUGGCAAGUCCUCCUGACACGGUGAGGAACAGCCAACCACAGAGCAGCAUCUCCUCUAAAGGCAGCCCAUCAGGACACAGCCCCACCACUCAAGGAGGUAUCAGGGGCAUCCUGAAGAGGUCAGGCCCUACACCAGCACCCAGCCCCGCUCACAGUUACAGCUCAGAGGAUAGACCAGAAUCUUUGACCAGGAGCCACCACCCAGCACAGAGCCACGACCCCUCAAACAACCUGUCCCCUAGAGCUCGAGGUCUGCAGACUGAGACAGAGGUCAAAGAGCAACAAGAGCCAGGUCAAGAUGUCCUCACCCACUCUGAUGGAAAGAUGGAGAGGGUUCUGGCCUGUGGAGGGAGACUCAUCAUCUUUCCCAAUGGGACCAGGAAGGAGGUGUCAGCGGACGGACUGACAGUCAAAGUCACCUUCUUCAACGGGGACAUCAAGCAGGUCAUGGCUGACCAGAGAGUGAUCUACUACUAUGCGGAUGCCCAGACCACUCACACCACCUAUCUUGACGGCAUCGAGGUUCUGCAGUUCCCCAACAACCAGACUGAGAAGCAUUUCCCUGAUGGCCGGAAGGAGAUCACAUUCCCUGACCAGACAGUCAAGAACCUCUACCCAGAUGGGAGGGAGGAGAGUGUCCUCACUGACGGGACCAUCAUACAAGUUAACUUGGAUGGCAGUAAGGAGAUCCAGUUCAACACAGGCCAGAAGGAGAUCCACACAGCAGACUAUAAGAGGAGGGAGUACCCAGAUGGCACGUUGAAGACAGUCUAUACCGAUGGCAGACAGGAGACCCGCUACCCCACCGGACGCCUCAGAGUUAAAGACAAGGAUGGUAACAUUGUCAUGGACAACAGGCCCUAGGAUUGUUUAUGCAAUAUGAGGUAUCGUCAUGGGAACUAAAGCUGAAGCACAGUUGAACAUUUCUGUUGGGGUGAGAGUUGUUUGACAUAGGUUUUUAGUAUGUUGAGUUGAAUGUAGUGAUGAGUGACUUGUAAAAAAUGUCUAAUCCAUAUUUAUUUUCUUAGUUGAUUGUAUUUUUUUGGUAAAAUAAAUGUUUAAUCAAAUCAGUGAGUACAUUCGGGUAUUGUUUUUAAGAGUAAAACAGUGAAGCAGUUUAAUAACUAAACUAAUACUUCUGUACCCUUCAUACAGACAGUAUUUCAGAUGUAAAAUAUUUAGAAAAGUGGUCUGCCCUUUUUACACAUUCUGCUAAAAAAAACUGAACUUUAAAUAAAAUGUUUCACAAAGUA